CUUUAUUCUGAACAAUGUACAGCUCUAGCCAAGACCAUAUGCCUCGGACGCCCACACGAAAUCGUACGCCACAACGUACACCGCAGCGUACACCUCAACGUACUCCUAAUCGAAUCGCAAAUACAUCAAGACCAGUAUUUAAAUCCAUGACAAGGCCACUUGAUUUCUCCGCGCUUUCACGACCAAAUACUGAACCAUCGUCGUCGUCCAGGGGACAUAAUAGUUUCUUUGCCUACAACCCUGAGAAGGAACCGAUCAAGGCUUAUUUACGUAUUCGACCCCAUUCUGCUCAUUACGAACUGGAUUCUACUGAGCCCUACCUUGCCAUCGUAGACGAUUUGGAAGUUUCCAUGACACCACCUGAAGAUUCCAACGCAUACCGUACAAGAAAUCGAGCACCAGAAAGAUACAAGUUUUCAAAAAUCUUUACAGACGCAGUAUCACAACAAGAUUUCUUUAACAAGACAACAUUACCAUUGAUCCAUGAUGUGCUUAAAGGAGAAAAUGCAUUAAUCUUUGCCUAUGGUGUCACCAACUCUGGAAAAACAUUUUCCAUCAUGGGCACCAAAAAGAAUCCGGGAUUAUUACCACGUACAUUGGAUGUCAUCUUUAAUAGCAUUGAUGAGAAUAAGAGCGAGACAAAGGUAAAACCAUGUAUGCAUAGUUUGGUACACACCUACGUAGAUGAAAAGGACGAGAACAGGCAUAUUUUGAGUGAUAUUGGUGGAUCAUGUUACAAUGGAGGACCAUACAAUCCAGAUGUAUGGGAAUCAUUUCAGAUGCCUACGAACAGAGAUAACACAGCCAUUGCCAUUGAUGAAAACUACGAGUAUGGUGUCUGGGUGUCGUUUGCGGAAAUUUAUACGGAGAAAAUCUACGAUCUUUUGAUUAAACCGGAUCGACUCUCUAAACGUAAAGCCCUCGCAUUAAAAUACGAGUAUAGCAGUGGGCACAAGUAUAUUUCUGGCCUGAACGAAGUUAGAGUGAAGACCAUUCAAGAAGCGUAUGCUAUUCUGUUCGAAGGACAAAAGAAUCGUGCGGAAUAUUCUACCAUCACCAAUCACACUAGUAGUAGAAGUCAUAGUAUCUUCACCAUCAAAAUCGUACGUGUUCCCAUUGAUGAGGACAAUUACAUUAUCGAGGAUCCUAUCUAUGCAACCGUGUCUAAAUUUUCUAUUGUCGAUUUGGCUGGAUCUGAGCGAUAUAGAAAUACACUGAAUUCCGGCCAACGUCUCAAAGAAGCAGGUAAUAUCAAUAAAUCACUCAUGGUAUUAGGACAAUGCAUGGAAACCCUUCGAUUCAACCAACUCAAGUCUGCUGCUGGAAAGAGAAAUGCCAUGGUUCCUUACCGUCAUAGUAAGUUGACAGAAUUGUUUAAAAGCUCAUUUGAAGGGGAUGGCAAAGCCGUCAUGGUAGUCAACGUCAAUCCUUUUGAUACGGGAUUUGACGAAAACAGUCAUGUCAUGAAAUUUGCUGCUGUAGCCAAGGAUGUGGCGACGUGGCGUAGAGUGCAUCCCAAGGUAGAAGUCAAGGAUAUUCCGAAAUUUGCAAAUAAACGGCCUCGUUACGUCAAGAAGCUAGAUAAAAAAGUGUAUCAUGGUAUACAAGAAUUAAUGGCAGAGGAUGAUGAUGAGGAAGAACAAAAAGAAGAAGAAGAAGAGGAGGAAGAGGAUGAAGAGAAUGAAGAUCCUUUUGUGGAUAAUUUGAUUGCCCAAAUCGAUGAUUUGCGUAACAAGUGGAUUGACUCAGAAACCUCUAAAGCGGUGAUGGAAUCCGAGCUUCGAGCAAGUUUUACAGCAGAGGCAGAGGCUACUUUAAAUAAAAUGGAGGAUAGACAUAUGGCUUCAUUGAAACAAUGGAACAAUGAACUAGAAACACAAAUAGCACAAACAGGAGAAAAUGAAAAUGAAGCCUUAGCGAAGAUGCAGGAAAAGCAGAAAAUUUUAUCAUCUGAACUUGAGACGAUGUGUCAGCGUUUGAAUGACUAUGAAACCACAAAGCACGCUUUACUUCAAAAGAAUGCCGAGUUAGAAAAGGAUAAACAAAGGCAACAAGAAAGAAUUCAACAACUUUCGUGGACCCUUAAGGAACGUGAUGUAACAAUUGAGCGAUACAAAAACACAACAGCAGAUAGUGAGCCUUCUAGUAGUGACAUGGAAAACCUAUUUAUUCAAAAACCUAAUGUGGCCACCAAAACGAAUCCAAAGGCUGAGUUAUUUGAAAGGUUUUUAGAAUUAAGAAAAAAAUUGAGACGAAGUAUAUUCCGUGAUGAUGAGUAUUCUCAUGAUGCCGAAGUGAUUAUGAGUGAAAUUGAACAGUUUAAAGGUGUUACUUUUGACCUUGUCAAGGAAACGAAUAUGGGUAAACUGAUGAAAUUGAUUGCUCAAAGAAAGUUCAAAAAUGAUCCAUACCAUAUUCAACAUCGAUCCAAGACUCUGUUUAAAAACUAUGCCAAACUAUCUUUACCCGUUUUGGCACCGCCUAAACAUGGUCGAAAUUCCAUGAUUGUUUUGAGUGUACCCUCAGGUGCGGAAGAAGAUUUAAUCGCAGAAAUGCGCACGGCCAUGUCAACUUUACAAGAAGAGAAUCAUAAACUUAAACAAAGAGUCAAGCAUAUGCAUGAUGGUCAUCGAAGAUUGCAAGAGGCCUUUGAGAAGAAUAAAGUGCUUGAAGAAAAAAGUGUAUCAUCCUCGGCUAUAACUUCGGUUCAAGAGGGCGAAAAUGAUUUGGAGAUGGAGGAUAUGUUUAGUCCCAUUUUAGGUGCCACAAGCAUCUUUGAAUCUGUUAAAGAAGACCAACUUAGCAUUAUGGAUGAAGACGAACACUUGUUUUCACCGGAAAAUAGUAAUAAUAAAAAAAGAAGAAAAUCAAAAGAGUUGUAAUUACGUCAGUUAUGUCUUUCUGCAAAAACAAGAGACUCCGCCUGAAUUUUCCCAAAUAAAAAAAGGGUUUCUGUUAUUUUUUUAUUUUUGCUUUUUAACCUUUUU